CUAACUACAUUACCGACCCUUCUCUUUUCAUCCGGGUGAAGUGUCAAGAUGGCGCGAGGUCCCAAAAAGCAUUUGAAGCGUCUCAAUGCUCCCAAAGCAUGGAUGUUGGAUAAACUGGGGGGUGUGUUUGCCCCUCGGCCUUCCACCGGCCCCCACAAACUACGAGAGUCGUUACCUUUGGUUAUUUUCCUGCGAAACAGGCUAAAAUAUGCAUUGACUAACUCAGAAGUGACCAAAAUUGUCAUGCAGAGAUUGAUUAAAGUUGACGGAAAAGUCAGAACAGACCCCAACUACCCCGCGGGUUUCAUGGAUGUUGUUACUAUUGAGAAAACUGGGGAAUUCUUCCGUUUGAUUUAUGACGUCAAAGGAAGAUUCACAAUCCAUCGCAUUACAGGAGAGGAGGCCAAAUAUAAGUUGUGCAAAGUAAAGAAAGUACAGACAGGCCCCAAGGGCAUUCCCUUCUUGGUGACCCGCGACGGACGCACUAUCAGAUACCCAGACCCCAUGAUUAAAGUUAAUGACACCAUCCAAUUGGAAAUCGCCACUUCGAAAAUCCUUGAUUUUAUCAAAUUUGAAUCUGGUAAUUUGUGUAUGAUUACUGGAGGUCGUAACUUGGGGCGUGUCGGCACAGUGGUGAGCCGCGAACGUCACCCAGGUUCCUUUGAUAUCGUUCAUAUUAAGGACGCAAAUGGACACACGUUUGCAACUAGGCUUAAUAAUGUAUUUAUCAUUGGAAAGGGUAGCAAACCUUAUGUAUCCCUUCCAAGAGGUAAGGGAGUCAAAUUGUCCAUCGCUGAAGAAAGAGACAAGAGGUUGGCCGCCAAGACCCAAUAAUGUUGUAAGAUUUACAAUAUUUUCAAUAAAAAUUUAAAACCCUAAA